UCAUUCUCUAGUUAAGAAGACGGAUCCAAGUAUGAUAUCAUCCAUGACGUCACUCGUGCUAUGGUUGGAAACGUAAGUACGUACCUCAGUCAUUCGCAGGCGAUCAAGGCGCGACCACCUACCUUAUUAAGAGUCGAUAAAGAAGGAGAUGACAAUGUCGCAUUCGGUAACCAUUAGAACUCAAACGGUAACGAGCGGUUCCACAUCAGUUAACAUCAAUACCGGUUAUUUAAAAACGUUUGGCGGUCUAUUUAAAUUGUUUCAAGUGGCACUUGGAGUAGUGUGCGUGGCAAUAGUAGCGAACAACUAUGACAGCUACGUAUACACAGCAGAACUAUUCUUCCUUCUAAUAGCAACGACGUUUUUGAUUGGUACCUUUAUUUUGCUUCUAAGUUGCUUAGCUUCCCUUACAACGUCCACUAUCAUUGCGAAGACUAUUUAUGAACUCCUUUAUCACUCUAUAGCGUUUGGAUUAUAUUUAGCUGCGUCUUUAACAUACGUAGUGCAUGUGAGUAAUAACAUGAAAGGCCGAAGAGGAUACGAAGUAUUAAUGGCAGCGGCAAUCUGUGGUCUUGUAAAUUCAGCGCUAUAUUUUCUCAGUACGAUCGUUGCUCUUCGCACCUACAGAAUACAUUAACAGUGCCUUGUAACAAGAAUUCGGACAAGUUUUGAAAUCAUAUAUUCAGCUAUCGUGUUUCAUAUAUUUCGCAAACCAUCGAGUCGGGCAUUGUUCAAUUAUAUAACGCAACACGCCUUUUUAUACACUCUUCAAAUUUAAUAAAAAAUAUUUUUUUCUAUGGUA